AUGAUUGAUGAAUAUAACAUCUUUUCUAACCCCAGAAGUGAAAUCAGAACCGAGCAAUUAGCCAACUUAAAAACUGUUAUCCAAAACAAAGAGAUAUCCCAAAAAAAAGAAUUAGAACUGCAACAACAAACUGAAACCCUCCAAAAAGCAGCCGAAAUAGAACAAAAAUUAAAAGAAGCACAAGACAGCUUAUCGGGUUCUUCUAUGACUUGGGAAAAGAUAAAGACUAAAUACCCGGAAUUUGCUAGCCGUUCAAUUUUGCUUGAAGAAUUAGAAAAAGCCGAUAAAUUAUUAGGCAAAGAUAAAGAUUCUGAAACAACUAAACCUUUCGCAGUCCGAUUAAGCAAAAUCCCUCUCCCUAAUGAAGCAGAACAACAACUUUUAGCCCAAUUAUAUUUAACUCCGGAACAAUUUAUUGCUCUUUCUUGCCAAGCCCAAUAUUUAACUGAGGAAGAAAUGGAAGAUAUAACCAAUAAUUAUCCUUCUUUAGCCACUUCCCAAAAAUUCCAACUACUUAAUUCUGGAUUAAACAAUUUAGGAAUAAAUAAUUACUCUCAAAAAGAAAAGUUCGUCCAACUAAACCACACUCUUUACCACGAAAAGAAAAAUUUCGGUCUGACUACCUCCGAAAAAGAAGGAGUAUUACGCUUAUUAGUAAACACCCUAAAUCUGAGUGAAGCCCAAAGAAAUUCUUUAGAAAAUAUGGGAACUAAAUUCUUAGCCGGAGAGCAAAAAUCUUUAUUAGAAAAAGCCAAAGAGCAAGAAAAGACUCUCAGAGAAGAAGAAGUUCAGGAGCAAAAACUUUCCAUCAUCCGCAGUGAUGAAGAUUUGCGGAAGGAAUUUCAAUCAGGAACAAUUAAAUCAACUUCUUCUCGUUAUGAUGAUUUAUUGGCUAAUCUAAGUCAAGAAGAAGCUGAACGACAACGGAAAAAAUUAGAAAGACAAGCAGCCCAAAAAAAACUCGAAGAAGCCGAAAGAAAAAGACGAGAAGAAAAACUUGCUGAAAAAGACCAAAAACUUAAAGAAAAUGAGGAAAGAAGAGCCAAAGAACGGGAAUUGGCUGAACAAGAAGAAAUAAAACGACGAGAAGCCGAAGUAGCCCGAGCCGAAUCAUUACAAAAAGAACAAGAAGCCUUAUUCAAGAAAAAGCAAGCCAAUAUUGAAGAAGCCAAAAGACGAGCCGAAGAAAACUUGGCUAAUCAAAUAAAAGCUAAUGAAUUAGCCGAAAAGAAAAAACGGGAUGAAAUUGAAAAAAUGGAAAAAGAAAACCAAGCCGAACAGAAAAGACUGGCUAAUCAGGCUCAAUUAAUUGAAGAAGAAAAGCAAAAGAAAUUAGCCCAAAUUGCUUUGGAAGACAAGGAAGAACGACAAAGAAUUGAAAAACAGGCUAAUGAAGAAAAGGCUCGAAUUCAGGAAGAAAUAAACAGAAAAAAACAAGAAAACGAAAGGGAAUUAAAGAAAAAAGAAAAUGCUUUACUAAAAGAAAAACAGGAAAAACAAUUAGAAUUAGAGAAACUAGAAAAAGAAGUCAAAUUACAGGAAACUCUUGGUAAAGAAUUAGAAGAAGCCGGUCGUAGAAGAGAACUUAUGCUGAAAGGUCAAAAGAAUAAGCAACAAGCUCUUCGCGAACUCCGAGAGCAAAUGUAUCAGGCUUGCUUGAAUUUCUAUCUAAACUCUGAUGAAAUCCAACAAGGCACUCGUUAUCAGGGUAGUCCUGUUCCUCGUUCAGGCUGUCAUCAUUUACAUGAAUUAGUGCGAGAUUUCCCCAAUAUGACUUUUAAUCUCCAUUUUGGUGAUAUUUAUGGAGAAUUGGCUUAUUUUGAUGACCCUUUAAUUGGAGGUAAAUUAGAAAAUGCUCAAGUUGUUGCUGAAUUAGUUGAAAAAGUUAAAAGGGCUGAGAGGGCGACUAAGAAAGAGGAAGCACUAUUUAAUGAGAUUUCAUUAGAAAGAGUUGCGGACAAAACUGAGGCAGAAAGGAGUUCGAGAAUUAAAGAAAUUGAUAAAGAAAUUACAGACAAGAAUGUUAAGAAAGCAGCAAAUGAUAAGUUAAUCAGAGGACUUAAAGUCAGUUACGGAACUGCAAUUGAAGACGAAAAGCGAGCCGAAAAAAUUAUUGCACAGAGGAAUAACCUUCAAGUAACUUUGACAGGUUCUGGUAGACUUAUUUCAAAAGAUCAUCCAGAAGGGAUAGAAUUAACUUCGAUUACUGAUACUUAUAGUGUUAAAGAUUACGGAAAAGGUAAUAACGCCUUAGUGGAUGAUGAAAAUACAAUUACUGAUACUAUUACCGGUACUGCUGGUGCUGGUAAAGCAACUCCUCAAGAAAUAUUAGAUCACGCCAGAAGUUUUUUAGAAAAUAUUAAAAGUAUUGUUAGGUCAACUGUCACCUCAAAUUUUUAUAAAGAAACCGCCUUGUCACUUUAUAAUGACAGAAGAUAUAACACUAAAAAUAAUAUUACAGGUUCAAUUAAACAGUUUGGGUUUUCGUAUUUGGUUGAAGCCAUUGUCGGGAAAGAAAUGACUUCAAAUGAGGCCUAUGAAUAUUGGUUCGGAUCAAAAGUUAAGGAAUAUGCAGAAGCGGUAUUUCCUUUAAAAACGGGUACUUCUGCUUAUGAGUUACAGAAUAAGCCUUAUCUUGACAAUAUUAAUGAUGAUGAUUAUUUAAAGCCAAAGGAUGGUAAAAAAGGUUGGGAAGGUUUAACUUUAGGUGGAUAUUCUUGUAAUCCCAAAAGUUCUUCAGUUACUGACGAUCAAAAAGCGAUGAUUAAAAAACAACAACAAAACCCUAAAAAAAUUGAAAGUGAUACUGAUUUUAAAACCCUUACGAAAAUAACUAUGCGGGAAUUGCUUUUAAAAUUAGGAAUUUCUUCUGAUAUUGGUGAUUAUGAUGACCAUUUGAUAAAAAUUUGCCAAGAAGCUUUAAAAGGAGCAUAUAUUCUUCCUGAUAGAAGUAAACUUGUUGAAAGAAUGAAAAGAAUUAGUGGUACUGACAAUCCUACGGAUUACGCUUCAACUAAAUUGGUGGGAGCAUCAAUUACCGAACUUUCCGUUUAUAAACAACGACGUGAAGAUCUAGGCGGAAAGAUUUCUUCAUUAGAACUUGACAGUAUUAACUAUGGUUUACAAGUUAAAGAUUUAGAAGCGGAAAAAAAAAUUCUUCAAGGCUGA